UUGAACAAAAUUACAGAUAAGCGAGUAUCCAGAAAACAUGCCAUAUUGGAAGUAGAGGGUGGCCAGGUUCGCAUCAAACCGAUUCAUGUGAAUCCAUGCUUUUAUCAAUCCUCUGAGAAUGGCCAUCUUCUACCACUGGAGGCACAUGAAUGGCACGUGUUGAAAUUUGGUGAUAGCUUUUCCCUGUUGGUGGACAAAUACAUUUUCAAGGUCCUUUCUGCUCAUCCUGUGGAGAGCACAGUAAGAAAAAGUCAGGAGGCUGAUGCAGAAGAAGCACCAAGCAUUCACCCUAUUAAAAUGUCUUGUAGUCCAUCUUUAAUAGAACCGGCAUGUUCCAGUUCUGAGAUACAGGGAACCACAAAAAUAAGAAAAAACGAGACUACUUCUAGACAUUUGUUUCAGGUGCCUCCUUCUGAUGAUCGUGAAAACGAACAGUCAAAGUCUAUUCAAAGAAAGAGAGUGCUUCCAUCUUGGAUGCUGGAAGGAGACUUUAUGGUUCAGAGGCUUUCUGACCGUGAAAUGAAAAAAGGUGGUGGAAUGAAAAGAGACCAAGGAAAGGGAGGAAGUAAUAUAGAAUCAUUAAAAAUAGAAAUAAGUGUGCAGAAGAGAAAAAGAUUAACUUCUGAAGAAAUGACAGAGGAUUGUAAAGAUGAAGAGCAGUAUCAAGGGAAAAAGGGCUGUCAUUCCAUCACUGUCCGUUCCUCUCAGAAUACAUCUGGAUUUCCUCUUGAGAGUACCAUGAGAAACUUGGAAGGAAAUGGCAAGACUGAAACAAAAAAACCUGGAAGUUCUAUGGAAAAAACUGAUAGGCAGCUGCAUAAUAAAAGAUCUAAAGCAGCAGGUCAGAUCUGCAGUAAAAUGAGUAGAAUUGAGGAAACAGAAAAGAAAGAACAGAUUACUGGUUCUAGCAGCCAGCAAGCUCACUGGGGCAGGACUUUUCCGUAUUAUGGUGCCGAGGAAGGAACUCAUGAGCCUCGUGCAAAUUUGGAUUACAAGACUGAAAUUUCUGAUUCAACUGGAAGCAUAGAUACUUCAGAAAGCUCCAAACAGAUCAAGCAUAAGAGGGCACCUUGCAUGUAUGGAACAGGCUGUUACAGGAAGAAUCCCGUUCACUUUCAGCAGUUCAGUCACCCUAUUGACGAUGAUUAUCAUGAGACGGACGUCGUAACGCAACCCGACAGCGAUGACCGGCCUGAAUGUCCUUAUGGAACUACUUGCUAUAGGAAGAAUCCCCAACACAAGCUAGAAUACAAGCACAGCGCACUUCCAGUAACUGAAAGAAGAACCCGACAGAGAACUUCAAAGAAUGGAAAAAGGGUUUUGGAGGAAGACAGUAACAAUGAUGGUUUACCAAAUGAAUAUGAUCUUAAUGACAGCUUUAUAGAUGAUGAUGAAGAGGAGUGCGAACCUACUGACGAUGAUUCUGACUGGGAACCAAAUUCAGAAGAAAAUAAUGAAGAUGUUGAAACACUUUUGAAAGAAGCAUGCAGAUUUGUUAAUACCAAAAAGUAGCUGCACUUAAUAACAUCAAAAACUUCCUCUCCAGCUGAGUUAAAACAUGAAUGUGGGAGAAGGGGAAUUGUUCUGAAAACUAUUUUUUCUUCAGUGAUGUAGGUACUACGGGAAGAUUUUAGCAGGCGUAAGGGGACUGAGCAAUACCUUUCUUUUCAUAUAUAUAAUUUUGAUGUUUGUUUUCUUAAGUGGUGGCAUCCAGUGAUUGAGCUCUGGGAUUAUAUUUUGUGGCAACUGAAGUAGAAAGUUUUUUUAAUGGAAAUUUCUCAUCUCUUUCUUUUCCAGCACUGUUAGUGUCUCAUAGUUUGAAAUACAAUUUUAAAGGUUGUUAUGCUUCAUCAUUCUGUGCUUGAAAUAAAUAGUGGCAUUAGGAAAGCCUUUAGUUUUGUAAAGCAUAUUAUGUACUGUGCUGAAUGAAGAGGAGUUGCACUUCAUGCCUGCAGAAGCACAAACUAAUUCUUGACAGUGGGGAAUCUGUCUGAAUCAUUUUGUAAUGUUCUUUGGAGGUAGUGUAAUCUUAAAUUUCAGCAGUCUGCUAAUAGCUUUCCUUUGGGUGUUAUUUCUUUGAUGCUCUUGAUGUACAGUAGCUAAAUACAGGCUGUCUAAAUAACUUGGGAACAAUAUCUAAGUGUACUGAACCUCUGGUUAUGUCCCAACACCAAUCAUGGAGCAUUUGCUCUAAUUACAGUAUCUCUUUCAGUACAUAGGCACCACUGGAAUUGUGUUCAGUUUUACAGCAAUGAUGAAAUUUUAAUGACUGUUCUUUUACACAAAAUUAUAAUUGGUAUACUGUAGGAAAAAUUUGUAACUGUGUCUUUGCAUGUGAUCUCUAAAGAAUAUGCUGUAGAAACUUACCUUCAAUGUGUUCACAACUUUUCUGAACUUUCUAAAAAGAAAUUUGGUCUGUCCUGAGUUAAAAAUUUUUGGUAUGUUUCAAGGCAGAUGACUUAAGUCAUUUCUAAGAGCACAAUUAAUAGAAAGUAACAUUUUGCUAUGCUGGUCUUGCACUUUGUUUUGAUAGAUAAUACUGAAAUUUUGCAGGGGAAUCACUGCUGUAUGCCUCUUGAUACCCUGUGAAAAUCUGCCCAAUUGUGGUGGAAUAACAGGAAUGCAAAUACACUCAAGCCUUUUAGGUUGGUGGCAAAAUGCUCUCUGCAGGUACAUUUCAGGGAAUACCUGUUCCAGUCCACCCUGGCCGUGUGGGUGAGGAUGCCAUGUUCCUGGGCUUUGGGAGAGGCCCAGCUUGGUAGUUGCCCUUUCUGUGUGCUGGGGCUGCUGUACAGGGUUUCAGAGAAGAAGGAUUUAUUUUUUUUCAGUGCUGUCAAAACUGUCCCAGCCCACUCCUUACUUGCAUUGAUUAUGAAGCUGGUGAGGGAGGGAAAAAAAGGAAGUGAACUAGCUGAAAUACAGGAGGCUAAAGAUCAGAGGAAAGGCAGAAGGGAAACUGGAGAAGUGAUGUGGAGGUCAACUAACACAAGAUUUGUGUUCCGUUUUGUAUUUGAAUUGGCAGUGAGACUGAAACUAGAGCAUUGAAGAUCUCAUAGUGCAUAUGUGUUGUCCUUAAAGACUGCAUAUGUUAAUUCUCUACCUCUUUAAUAAGGUUUUGCAGUCUUACAUUUUUUUAACCUUUUCUUUUUAUGUAGUGGUAGUUCCAUGCUCGUAGAGGUUGAGUGUCAGAGGAAGCAAGCUCUGCUAUUUAGAUUUGUACUCUGACAACGUAUCUUUUUUGCAAGGUCUUCAGAAAAUUGCUUUAAAUAAACUAGUUAUUUCCCCAGCCUGUUUUUGGGUGCAGGGUAAUGUUUUGGCAAAUUGUGUAUUAGAAUUUUCUCUAAAAAAAUGUAGAUACUGAAAAUACAAACAUUCGUGAUUGGUGACCAUUUUGAGAACGUGAGAGUAAUUUACUUGCUAUUUAUUAGAGCCAUUUCAUAUAAAAAUAAUCUAAUUGGUGGGUUUUUACAGUGUCUGAUGAUUUCUGCAACCUUAACCUUCAUCAAGCAGAAACAUUCUCUAUUGUACUAUUACACUGUGAAUAACUCUAAGAAGUUAAAUUAGAGUUUACUUUGCAAGUAGAAAUAGCUUUUCAACACUGGAGGCUUCCAGAUAUGUAAUCACAGAAACAAAUCUAGAAAUCGUUCCUAGUUUUGCAUGAUAGGUGGAGUUUUAUUACUGAUACCUCAGGAUCGAAAAAAUUAUGACCAAAGUAGUAUGUUGGAGAAAUGUCACAGCUGUAAACAAGCUGACUACAAGAUGGUAAUCUGAAGUUAUGUCUAUUUAAGAAUAUUUUUCUGUUCUUGUAUUCUUUCCUUAACAGCAAAAUGUAUUUUUAUGCUUCUGGAUGGACGAACUUGUAACUCUAAAAGUUAUCUGAAUAUCAGUCAGAACUACCCAGUUCAAGGUACAGAUGAGAUUACCCAGAACACUUUUGCUUCUUUCUUUUCCCCGUUGCUUCUUUCUUUUCCCCGUUGCUUAUGUUGAGUUGCCCAAUGUUUUUUCAGCGAGUCCGGUAUGCAUUAUAAUCUAGUGGGCUGAGUCUGGAUCAAAAUAUGUAUGAACUUAAAUACAUAUAUGGGUUGAGUGAAAGUACUUUGACAGUGCUGUACUGUACAGCAGUUGCUACACCAACUCCGGAGGUUUAUAUUUAUGUUAUUUUUAAUUAAUGUUUCUAAUAGGCUGAGCCUCGACUGUAUAUACCUGUAUGUUAAUGAAAUUAGGAACAAUUUGGUUGCCAAGGUCAAUUUAGAAAUGAUCUGGGAAUACAGAGCAAGUACUACCAGAAGCUCAUCAGCCAUAAUAUGCUAGCUAUUGGAGUUUAGUAGAAGGCAUGUUUAAGAGACCGCUGCUCCUGUGUUCCUGUGAUAAGGCAUAACUGAGGAUCAGUGAACGGAGGCAGGUACUUCAGUAUUAUGUGACAGAGCUUUUGCAGCCUAUGCAUCGAGAUAAAAAUGGAGCCAGAACUGCUUAGUCCUUUCCUUAUCUGCAGUGAUUAAGUGGCUAAAGCAGACUGCCAUAAAAUUGGACAAAGGUGUUAACUUUCAUCUCACAUCAGUUUUUUUGUAUGCAAUUGAAACCUAAUAGGCUAGGCAGAUGACUAAUGGGGUCAUGCUAAGCAAUGUAGUUCAUGUAUCACUUAGGUCUGGGUUGGAGUAAGACUCUAGUACUGCUAGGGCAUGUGUCUCCUCUCUCUGUCUGAGACUGUGGUGCCUUACCAUAAAAUUAUGGGAGCAUCCAUGUUUUUAAGGGAUCGCCUACCAAUCUCGGAUAUCUAACAUAUCAAGGAUGAUCUUGUGCUAGUACUCAUGUGCUAGUUCACAUCUGAAUUGACCCUCACAAUUAAACUCUUCCUAACUUUAUUACUGUGCAUACAUUCCCUUUGCUACGUCCCAUCCUUUUCCUGCUGUUUCCCAGAUGCCCAGCUUUUAAGCUGCUUUCAGAAAGUCCUGACAGAAGCACAACUACUUAAAACCCAAAGUUGGCUAAUUCUCUGGUUAUUAUCUUUAAUCGCUCUUUUUUUUGAAAUGGCCUGUCAUGCCAGCUGGGACUGGUAAUUUGAUAGAAACCUUUCCAAUACAUAAGGAUCUGUGUGUCUGAUGCUGCCAGCUCUAUGGCAGGCUGUGCUGCUGGAGCUGAUCUGCUGUUAAAAACACAGUUAGUGUUUGUAUAAACCUUAUCCUUUUACUGAUGUUAUUUUUUUCCAAAUAAAGUAAUGGUCAAGUGCUGA